UUGACAUGACGGCGGAAGACAAGCGUGUGUGUGUUGGUGGUUGGUAGUAGUGGUGACGAAAUAAACUCCAAGAACAAGAUUAACUUUAAUAAAUUCGAAAGAACAGCAAAAUGAGCGAUACAGUUGUUGGAAUUGACUUGGGUACCACAAAUACGUGCGCCGCUUGCUACCUCAACGGUCGGGUAAAAAUUCUGGAAAAUGAAGAAGGAGGAAGAGUCACGCCAUCUUACAUUUUUGUUACGGAAAAGAGCAAAAUCAUUGUUGGUCAGUACGCUCGAAAAAUGGCCGAGGCAAAACCCGAGUACGGAAUUUGUGAAAUCAAGCGCCUGUUGGGCAGAAAAUUCGACGAUCCAUAUGUGCAGAACAAUUUACAGUAUUUUCCCUUCAAGAUCGUCAGUCAGAGCAAUGAUCCCGUACUCUCAAUUCUCCAAAAGAAUGAUACUUUUACGAAGACCCCUGUAGAUCUGUGUACAGCUAUCCUCUCCAAAGUAAAAGCGGACAUUGAAUCUAAAAUUGGAACACCUGUCGACAAAGCAGUCAUCACUGUACCAGCAUACUUUAAUAUUAGCCAGAGGGAAGCUACUUUAUCGGCAGCUAAUAAAGCGGGGUUUACGGUUUUGAAACUUCUGAACGAGCCAACAGCUGCUGCUUUGAGUUACUAUUUAGAACACGACAAAGAAGAGAAUAUUUCUGUGGUGUAUGAUUUGGGCGGUGGUACUUUCGACGUUGCUAUUUUGAAAAGAAAUGGUAACAAUAUUGACAUCAUAGGAGUUGACGGGGACACCCACUUGGGUGGUCACGACUUCGAUAAUCUUAUCGUAGAUUACGUUUGCGACUACCUUCACAGUAGUUACAAGUACAACCCGAGAAAUGACCACCGCGCAAUGAGAAGACUUCACAACGAGUGUGAAGAAGCAAAGAAAACUUUGUCAAUGACAGAAGAAACUACCAUUGUGCUUAGCGGGUUCGUUAAAGAUGUUCCCAUAGUUGAGAUAGAAUUAACUAGAGACCAAUUUGAAGAAAUGGGACAUGACUUAUUCCAGCGGACUAUCGACAUCAUCGACAAUUGUCUCAAGAGUUGCAACAUUGCGCUAGGUGAUAUCAAAGAGAUCAUACUGUCAGGAGGGUCAACACGUAUUCCAAAAAUUCAACAGAUGAUUUCUUCCUAUUUUGGCAAAAAACCAAACAAGAUUGUGAAUCCUGAUGAGUGUGUGGCUGAAGGUGCUGCUCUUCAGGCAGCCAUGUUUUCAACAAAUACGGAUCAACAAAUUCAUGCUUUCAAAAUAACAGAUGUCACACCUUUAUCCUUAGGGAUCAGUAAUUUUGUUGAUCUCAUGACUUUCUGCAUCGAGAGGAACACGCCGAUCCCGGUUAGUAAAACCUUAACUCGAGUCACCGUGGACAAUCAGCAGAAAUCUAUGUGCUUUGAUAUAUACGAGGGUGAGAGAAUGGACGCGAAGAAGAACCGUCAUCUUGGAAAAGUUACCAUAAGUGACAUAACACCUGCACCGCCGGGAAAGUGUGAAGCCUCCUUUACGAUGAGUAUUGACGCGAAUGGGAUUUUGAAAGUUACAGCCAAAGAAAAACUUCGCAAUAAUGUUAAAAAUUUAACAAUUACGUAUGCUAGAGGCCAUCAAAGCGACAAGGAAGUAAAAAAUGCGCUGAAGGACGCGGAAGAGAAUAAGUUAGAAGAUGAUAGUUUUGUUAAGUUCGCGUUUUUGAAGGAGUACGUGUUGGACUAUUGUGAACGGGCGAAAUAUAAUUUAGAAAAGAAGAAUCUGCAGGAAACUUAUAAACAAAUCUACGAAUUAUGUAAAGUGACCAAGACGGAGGUAGAAGAUUUGGAAUUAGGAAAUGAAGGUAGACUACGAAAAUUGCGUGACAGAAUUGUGACGAAUUGUGAGCCUGUAGUUACAAAAUAUAAUUUUGAACUAAUGCCGGUUCAGCGUCAGUGAUUAUAUUUUUAACAGUUUUAAGGUUAGAUAAAUGUCAUUUGAGCAUAUUUAAUAUGUAAUUUUUACUUAAAAAACAAUACAUGCAUUUUAAUAUGAAA